AUGGUGAUCAUCAAUGGUCAUGCCUCCUCCUCUACUACAGCGCGCGUUGGGGUUUUGUGCACAGAGCGGCGGCUAAAAAAGGCAAUGGAGGCAGUGAUUGUCAGUGCAGCGCGUCAGUCCACUCCUCCCGUGUUUUUCUCCUCUCCGCCCGUUGCAAGUUCAAUGCUGCUGCGGCAGAAAAGGCUCAAUGGAUGUGAAAGUCAGCGCAAGACUCCGCCCCGGCCCUCCCCGCUCCCCGCUCCGCGCGUCCACAGCGAGUCUACCCAAGGAUGGUUGUAG